AAAAAAAAAUAAAAACUAAAAAUAUUACUAACAUUUUUUCGAACUUUCGAAUGUUUAUAGCUUAGAAUGCAAUAGUUCAAGUUUUGGGAAUUGUUUAUUUUAACUAUUGGAUUUAAAAUAAGAGCAAAUAUUUUGAGCAGAAAACAAUUGUCUGAACACUGCGUUAUCGUUGAAUUUUAUUGAACAGAGCUCGAAACUGUCAUUAAUUCUUUUCUUCUUUAUAUGUAUACCAUGCAUGUUGGGCAUGUGUUCUAACUUCUUUGGCUUUUGUGCUGAACGCAGAGGUUACUAUAAGUGAGAAGGAAGCAGAAAAUACUAAAGGUGAAAAAAUUGAAAAGUGCAAACUGAAAUAAAUUAAAUCGAAAAAUGGAUUUAUCUGGUACUAAUCGUUAUGAACUACUGUUCAUGGACGAUGAUAUUAGUGAUCCAUUAGAUAAUACGGUUGUCAAGAAUAAGAAACAGGUUAAGAACGCUAACAGUGGUGGCGGUAGCAAUGGUGCUGGUGUAACACCCAAAUCAACGAAUAAACAAAAUACCGAUGCCAGUAGCAGAGCACAACCUAACAAAAAGUUGACUAAUUUUGAGAAGGAAAACAAAUCGCUUACAUUGAAUAAAAACGAAAACAAGAAAGUAUCAAGCGGAAACGGUGCAAUCAAUGAAAAACAAAAGCAGCAAGGUGGAGUUGCCACUGCCACUGUUGGAGGUACUAAUACUGGAAAUCGUAAACGGAAUAACGCCAUACCACGCGAAAAUGGAAAUCAAGGACCAGUUAAUACGAUACGUAACAAUCGUCGAAAUUUCAAGGAAAAUGGUUUUAAUAACGCAACUGGAGGCGAUGAUUCAACUCAACAGAUCCGUCAAUUCCGAACAGAUCGGGACCGUGAAAAUCGCGGACCACCACGUACUAGAAAUUUUGAGGGUGGAAAUCGUAAUGGCAAACGUGAAUUUGAUCGUCAAUCUGGAUCUGACAAAACUGGUAUUAAAGCAAUUAAUAAACGUGAUGGCGCUGGCGCACAUAAUUGGGGUUCUGUAAAGGAAGCAAUCGAUGACGUUAAUAAGAACGAUGUAGAAGCUACUGGCACCGGUGUCGAAAAGUCCGAUGAAAUAUUAACUGAGCAGGCUGAUACUACACUGGUCGAAGAGGAAACAAAGGAAUUGACAUUAGACGAAUGGAAAGCACAGAAGCAGCAACGGGUAAAACCAACUUUCAAUAUACGUAAAGCUGGCGAAGGCGAAGAUACAUCUCAGUGGAAAAAAAUGAUUGUAUUAAAUAACAAUAAGAGGAAAGAAAACGAAAGCGAAGAAGAACUCGAAUUUGACCCCGCCAUGUAUCCCCAACGUGUUGGUCGUCAACAACGUGUACUUGAUAUUCAAUUCAAUUUUAAUGAUGGACGUCGUGGUGGUGGUGGUUUUGGUGGUCGCGGUCGUGGCCGUGGUCCACGUCCAGGUAAUUCAAACUUAAAUAGUGCGUCUGGGGCUAACAUUGAAAAACCUAAUGUGCGUGGGUUUGAAGGCAACUAUCGUGGGGCUGCUGGGCGUGGAGGAAAACGCCACUUUGUUUCUGAUAGACAACAACAAAAUGCAGCACCAAAAGUAAACGAUGAACGUCAAUUUCCGACAUUGGCUUAAACGCCAUCAAAUCAAAGAUUCAUAAUAAAACAACAACUAAAAGCCAAAUACCCGUAUUAAAAGAAAGCUUCAAAAAUCAUAAAAAAGCAAAGAAACAAAUUUAAACCUAAGCAAAUCAUUCAAGAAUAUUAGAAAAAAGUUUCAUUUUGAUAUUCACUAAGACAGAACUCUUAUUCAAUUUAAAAAAUUCAAAAAGUUCUGACAAUUCAAUUACAAAUUAAAGAAAUUCAUGCUUACCUAAUAAGCAUAAUAAAUUAUUUAAAAAUUCUGGCAACCAAAAUUUGUAACUUAACAACAAAUUAUCGGAGCAUAAAAAUUAACAAAUCCAUUUCAUUAGAUUGCAAAACUAUUAAAUAGCGCAUAUAUUUGCACAUAAAAUGUA